UUUCUCUCUCUCUCUCUGCUUUUGGCGGCUUUGCCUUUGAUGACUUCCUGGCCGCCCAAGAUGGUGGCUGCAGCUUCUUUGCCAAGCCUGGCGCGCGGGAAUGCGCUUGUCUCCCGCGGCUGCAACCUGCAGAGGAAAGUGGCCGCCGCUUGGCCGCUGCUAUUUUGGGGGGCGGCCGCUGCUUGGGUGCUGCUCGACCCGGCCUCGGCUGUGCAGGAGCCGGACGAGGUGGCUGAGGAGAGCCGGGUGAGGACGCUGAGCGGGUCCAACUGGAGCCUCCUGCUGCAGGGCCAGUGGAUGGUGGAAUUCUACGCCCCUUGGUGUCCUGCCUGUCAACAGAUGGAAUCAGCAUGGGAGGCAUUUGCAAGAGCUAGCAAAGACCUUGACAUCUCUGUGGGCAAGGUGGAUGUCACUCAAGAACCAGGUGUAAGUGGCCGUUUCUUUGUCACUACACUUCCCACUAUCUUCCAUGCAAAGGAUGGAGUUUUUCGCAGGUACCGUGGAUCGAGAGCACUGGAGGACCUGGAAAGCUAUAUCCUGGAGAAAAAGUGGGAAGCUGUUGAACCUGUGGCAGGAUGGAAGUCCCCAUCGUCUAUAAUGAUGCAAGGCAUGUCAGGAAUCUUCUAUUUAUCUAGAUGGAUCAGGCAAAUCCACAACUACUUAACAGGCACUCUUGGACUCCAUGAAUGGGGCUCCUACGCAGUCUUCAUACUGGCCACUUUAUUGAUCGGUCUUCUUCUAGGCUUGAUACUGGUUUUGCUCGGAGACUGCAUUUUUCCAUCCAAGGCUAAAGCAGAGGAAUCAGAAUGGGUGGACCAAGGCAACAACCAAGUAGAAGAGAUAGGGGAAGCUCCAGAAGAUGUGGAAGGAGAGCACAUCGCAGAAAAAGUCUUGACUGAUGAAGACAACGAGGAAAAUGGAGAAGAUGAGUCCCAGGACAACUCCUCCGAUGACUCAGCAGUUGAAGGCUCUGCAACGGAAGAGGAUUCUGAGCACCAAGCAUCAGACCAAAGCUCCUUAAGGCAGCGUAAAACCCAGGAGGUGGUUGAUGAACUAUAGUGCAAUUGUUGGGUACUUGUAUUGUUUUGGACCAAAGAAGUAUCAGGAGACUCUCCUUGACUGCAGCUGAAGCCAAACGUUUGACCAGCAAACUGUAAAAGUUAAACUCCAUGCUUUGCACUGAUAGGCUACUGUUGUUGUUUGAUAGGCUACUAUUAUUGUAUUGUCUACCUGUAUUUAGUGAAGGUUCAUUCUGCAGGAGAAAUGUUUAAAUGUUGACGUAAUAGCCAUGACAAUCAAAUGUGCAACUUUGCUUUAUACCAGUUGUGGGAUUUGGGGGAGUUUGUGGAAAGGGUUUUUUGAACCUCUGGGGCAAUUCACCAGCAAGAAAUAUGCAUUGGAUCCUUUCCCUGUGCUACCACACCACUAUGCACAGUUAGCAGCCUUCUUCCAGUUUGAGUGGCUUCUCCACUCAAAGAAAAGCCACUUAAGUAUUGCAGGAAAGAUUGCUAGGCGAAGGGAAGAUUUCUUGGCUCCACACCACUGUCUAUUGAUGCAAAUUCUUUCUCAGUAUUAUCUGAUCGUGGCUUGAGAGCCAGCGUAGUGUAAGAGCAGGUGGAUUCUAAUUUGGAGAACCAGGUUUGAUUCCGCACUCCUCCACCUGAGUGGCGGAGGCUUAUCUGGUGAACCAGAUGUUUCCAUACUCCUACAUUCU